AUGGCCUCCACGACUCCUACCCCUGCCCACCAGCACGAGCUCAAGCCCUCAGUCUCAGUCGAGCACAUCGACGAGCUGCACAAACCCAAACCCCACGAUGUCGCUGAGAUCGACAAGUUCGGCGCGGCCGCGAAGACGGAUCCCGAGGAAAUCGCUCUUGUCAAGAAGCUGGAUUUGUACAUGAUGCCGAUACUCUGGCUGAUGUACUUUAUGAACUUCCUCGACCGCAACGCUAUCGUCAACGGCAAGAUAAACGGCAUGCACAAAGAUUUGCACUUGGUCGGCACGCAAUACAACACCUGCGUGUCCAUCUUCUUCGUUGGCUACCUCGUCGGCCAAGUACCCUCCAACAUGCUACUCACGAGGGUCAAGCCGAGCCACUACAUGGCGGGCUGGACGAUGGCGUGGGCGAUAGUGAGCACGCUUAUGGUGCUGGUGAAGAAUUACCAUGGGAUGUUGGCAUGCAGACUCGUACUGGGUAUGACAGAAGCGCCCUUCUACCCCGGCGCCCUGUUCAUGAUUUCGUCAUUCUACACGCGCAAAGAGACCGCUACCCGCCUCUCCGUCUUCUACACCGGCAACCUCCUCGCGAGUUCCUUCUCCGGGCUCAUCGCAGCUGGCAUCUUCGCUAGACUGGAUGGUGCACACGGGCUUGAGGGGUGGAGAUGGUUGUUCCUCAUUCAAGGCGUUGUCACAGUCUUCGUCGCCGCAGCCGCCUUCUUUCUGCUCCCCAACGCGCCCCUGCAAACCCGUUGGCUCACCCAGCCCGAGCGGGAACUCGCACACGCCCGCAUCGCUCUGGAUACCACCGAGCUCAAGGGCAAAGUCGACGUGUGGAAGGGCCUACGCGAAGCGUGCUCCGACUACCGCACAUGGAUCUUUGCACUGAUGCAAAAUCUCCACCUAUCCGCCAAUGGGUUCAAAAAUUUCCUGCCGACGGUGGUGCAAACGUUAGGAUUUAACACGACAAUUACACUGGUGCUGACGUGUCCGCCGUACUUGAUCUCAGCGUUCGUAAGUGUGGCCGUGUCCUGGUCGUCUGGAAGAUUCAACGAACGCACGUGGCAUAUCACGCUAUCCAAGACUGUUGCGAUUGUGGGCUUUAUAGUCGGGACUGCAACGCUGAACAUUGGUGCGAGAUACUUCGCCAUGGUUUUGUUUGUUGGCGCGACUUACGGUGUGAAUAACAUCGUGUUGGCCUGGACUGCAGGUGUGCUGGGCCAGACCCCAGAGAAGAAAGCUGUUUCGCUGGCCAUUGUCAACACGCUAGGCAAUCUAUCGUUCGUGUACACGCCAUAUCUAUGGCCGGAUACCGAUGCGCCGCGAUUUGGCAAGGCAAUGUAUGCGAGUGUUGGGUUUUCGGCAGGCGUAGUCUUGUGUGCUUGGGUUAUGAGACUGGUUCUGCAGAGGAACAACAGGAAGAUCCGCGCGUCGAACGAUGAGGCGAUCAACUUCUAUGUGUACUGA